ACAGAACAUUAGAACCCAUCUUCUUUUUCUUGCUGAUAUUAAUUUACGGUGGGAUCAGGUGGUUCUUAGUUCUUACGCGCCCCACAUUUGAAUUCAAGCCUGCACUUUUUCUGAGAUGCUUAGCCGCUAAUUUGUGUCUAUAAUGAUGUUUUUGACCCAUCUGUAACUGUUUUUUUCCUUUCAUGUCCCUUCCUUGUGCCAUUUCUCUUCUUAGUUCUUACUUUUUUUUCUUUCGUCUCCUUUUUCUUUUACCAUGAUUUGAUCAUAGUAUCUUCGUAGUUGAAACAAAUCUGCAAUUCUUAUAUAAGCAUAUUAACUUCUUUGCCACAGUUGAAACUUGAGAAUUUCAUCAGUUUCUUCUGCUUGACAUGUGUUGUUUUUUUCUUGGCAAAUGAGAGCAUUCUGAUUUGGAGACAAAUAUAGACAGCUAAUAUGCAAAAUUAUUGAAUUGCAUGUGGAGUUGGGCAGAAAGGUUUUGACAUGAAACUGCAUAAAUCUAGGGAGGGGAGGCAUUAUGUUUGCGACCACUGUAUAAACGAACGAUCCAAUGAAGAAAGGCAUGAUGUUUGCGAUCACUGCAGCACAGUGUGAAUCGCUAUUGGGAAAAUUUUCAGCUUCUCAAUUUCAUUCUGAAACCAAAAGGCUGCACGCCCUCAUCCUUACCCUAGGUAUUUUCUCCUCCUCCAACCUUUGCUCUAAGCUUGCCACAACAUACGCGCAAUGCCACCACGCGUCCUAUGCAUCCCACCUGUUUGAUAAGUUGUCUCAGCCAUGUUUGUUCUCAUGGAAUGCUAUGAUGAGGAUGUAUGUCCAAAUUGGGCGCCCCUUUGAUGCCCUCAACUUGUUUGUGGAAAUGCUCGGCUCUGGUCGUACCCUGCCUGACAAAUUCACAUACCCGGUUGUUAUCAAGGCUUGUGGUGACUUGUCUCUGAUCGAUGUGGGUGUUGGAAUUCAUGGGCAGACCUUUAAGUUUGGCUACGAUUCCAACACAUUUGUUCAGAACACUUUGUUGGCAAUGUAUAUGAAUGCUGGGGAGAAAGAAGCAGCACAACUUGUUUUUGACCCGAUGCAGGAACGGACCGUGAUUUCUUGGAAUACCAUGAUUAAUGGGUACUUUCGGAAUAACUGUGCCGAAGAUGCAGUGAAUGUUUAUGGUAGAAUGAUGGAUGUGGGUGUGGAGCCUGAUUGUGCAACUGUGGUUUCAGUGUUGCCUGCUUGUGGCCUUUUGAAGAAUGUGGAGCUUGGGAGAGAGGUUCACACGUUAGUUCAAGAGAAAGGGUUUUGGGGAAAUAUUGUAGUUAGGAAUGCGUUGGUGGACAUGUAUGUUAAGUGUGGUCAGAUGAAAGAAGCAUGGUUACUAGCGAAGGGGAUGGAUGAUAAAGAUGUGGUGACAUGGACAACUUUGAUCAAUGGAUACAUUCUGAAUGGGGAUGCUAGAAGUGCUUUGAUGCUUUGUGGGAUGAUGCAGUGUGAAGGAGUGAAACCAAAUUCAGUAAGUAUAGCUUCUUUACUAUCAGCAUGUGGCAGUUUGGUUUAUUUGAACCAUGGCAAGUGCCUGCACGCAUGGGCAAUAAGGCAAAAGAUUGAGUCUGAGGUCAUUGUGGAAACUGCCUUGAUUAAUAUGUAUGCCAAAUGUAAUUGUGGCAACCUCAGUUAUAAAGUGUUUAUGGGAACCUCUAAAAAGAGAACGGCCCCAUGGAAUGCUCUUCUAUCUGGGUUCAUACAAAAUAGGCUUGCAAGAGAAGCAAUAGAACUCUUUAAGCAAAUGCUAGUGAAAGAUGUACAGCCCGACCAUGCAACCUUUAAUAGUCUUCUCCCUGCGUAUGCUAUUCUUGCUGAUCUCCAACAGGCAAUGAACAUACAUUGUUACCUUAUAAGAUCUGGUUUUCUUUACAGACUUGAAGUAGCAAGUAUUCUAGUUGAUAUAUACUCAAAGUGUGGAAGUUUAGGAUAUGCUCACCAGAUUUUCAAUAUAAUUUCUCUGAAGGACAAGGAUAUUAUUAUUUGGAGUGCAAUAAUUGCUGCUUAUGGAAAGCAUGGACAUGGCAAAAUGGCUGUGAAACUUUUCAAUCAGAUGGUUCAAUCUGGAGUAAAACCAAAUCAUGUCACCUUCACCUCUGUUCUGCAUGCUUGCAGCCAUGCAGGUUUGGUUAACGAGGGUUUUUCUUUGUUCAACUUUAUGCUCAAGCAACAUCAAAUUAUUUCCCAUGUUGAUCAUUAUACUUGCAUGAUUGAUCUUCUUGGACGUGCUGGUAGACUGAAUGAUGCUUAUAACCUUAUUCGAACAAUGCCUAUAACACCUAACCAUGCCGUAUGGGGUGCACUACUCGGUGCUUGUGUGAUUCAUGAAAAUGUUGAACUGGGAGAGGUGGCUGCUAGGUGGACUUUUAAGCUUGAGCCUGAAAAUACUGGAAAUUAUGUUUUGUUGGCAAAACUUUAUGCUGCUGUAGGAAGGUGGGGAGAUGCAGAGAGGGUUAGAGAUAUGGUAAAUGAGGUAGGAUUAAGAAAACUACCUGCUCACAGUUUAAUUGAGGUCAGAGAUAUGUGAAUUGAAUAUGCUCAUUUAGAUUACAAUGUCAGCUUAACAACAUCUGCCACAAACAUUGAAAUUCUGUCCAAAAUGAGAGUCAUUAUUGCUGUAGUUAUGGAAGACCCUAUAAAAUGUGAAAGGUAUUUCCUUUAUUGAGGAGGAAGUGCCUACCUUUUUCCAUUAUUUUAAUUAUGACGGAGGGAAAUGUCUUUGCUUCAAUAAUGUUUGGCAUGCAUAGAGUUCAAGGCCGAGAUUUUGGCUCCAAUUUCCUUGAUACACUUCUGUUGAUGCACAAUAGCCAAUAACAACCAGUGCCUAAUGUCUGCGACUUUUCACACACAUUCAUCACCUAACAAGCUUCUCAGUUGCUAGGUUUGUGGUUUAACUGAGAUGGAUUUUUGAGUAUUCAGGAUAUUGCAUUUUGCUAUGAUUGUCUGGUUGUUGUUGAUCCCUUAGACUGGUUUCAACUUCUUAUUCUCCCAUUUUCUUGCAAGAUGACAAUGAUGACAUAUUGACUAUGAGGGAAAGAGGCAGAGCAGAACUAGUAGCUAUUUCGCUAAUCUGUGGCAGGAAAAAGAAGCUAGGUUCUAAGCCAAAACUCCUGUUCUCGACAGUGUUCCAGACUAAAGAGUCGGUGCUAUUUAUCUCUCUGAUGCAGUGAUGCUUCAUAGACAUUAUCAAAUUAUUCUGGAAAGAAAAAGGUGGAGGGGAAAAGCAAUGAGCUAACAUCAGUUCUGGAGAAAUAUAUAUAACCCAGAUGUCAUGAUAGUGACCUUUCUUUUCUCACAUUCUCUUCUGGGUUCUUACAAUAAUUUUGUCUCAAAUAUUGGGCUAAUACAUGCAAACCCAAUAAACAUAUAGUUGUCUGUCUUUUGCCCUUGUUUCUUUAAAAGCCUAUCAAAUCACAUAGUCCAACUAAAGGAUAGUGCUGAGCAUCUAAGAAUUAUAGUAGUAGUCUUUAACAAGUAGAUUGCUCUAUUCGUAUUACACCCUCUCUACACACAUGCACACUCGCCGCUGUAUUUUUAUUUUAUUUACAUCUAAUUAUCCCUACAACAUUUGGAUAAUCAUUAUCAUAUAUAACUAUUUAAUUAAAUGUAGCAUAAAAAAUCUUUAUAUUAUUAAUACAUUGUUAUUAAAUCGUUUCUUACUA